CAAACGUCAUUUCAUCAGUAAAAUCUCUCUCUUGGGGAUAAUUGUCGGCCAGAUUCACUCUUUCUCCGAACAGAAUAGAAAAGACUCUCUCUCACAAGAGGGUCGAAACAUCUGCCUCUCCGCCCUCACGACUCCGAUGCCAUCGGCCUCUAAAAGAAUCAACAAAAGAACCGUUGUUAUAUAUCUUCCCUUGAAUACAAAGUAAUUACUUAUCAUCAAUCAAAAUUAAUAAUAGUUGAUUGGGUUGGUGUGGUCAGCGCAGUCCCCUCACAUUCGCUUUCCAGAGGAGGGGACUUGACCCACUGGGAAACUACCCCCCCUCUCUCUAGGCGGCCUAAAAAGUCAGGGACUGAAUAAGGAAAUGAAGCGUAAUUUGAGGAAGAUGGAUGAGUCUCCAGGGCAACUCCCCCUUCUAUCCUCUUGUAUUGAUGAUAACCGAGAGAAAGAGAGAGAGAGAGAGUGCGAGAGCGCGCGCGCGCGAGAGUGUGAGAGAGGGGUGUGUGUGUGUUUAUGUCUCAGUAUGUGACAAAUAGAGGCUGAGACACUGAGAGCUCCACACAAAAAACGCAUCAGGUCUCAGUCAGUUGGACGGCGAGGACCCUACAGCACCAUCAGGAUAACCGUGGACCACAUUUGGGUGAUUUGUCUCAGAAGGCCACUGCACGGGAUUUAUACGACCAGACCGCGCUCAGUUCACCAUGCAGAGACCGAGCGGUCCGGGCACGGCGUUUUCCAUUGAUUCUUUGAUUGGCACUCCACAGCCCCGGCCGGGCCACCUGCUCUACACGGGCUACCCGAUGUUUAUGCCGUACCGACCGCUUAUGAUUCCACAAGCCCUGUCUCAUUCUUCAUUACCGUCGGGUAUCCCUCCCUUGGCACCGUUGGCAUCGUUCGCGGGGCGUCUGACCAAUACUUUUUGCGCAGGUUUGGGGCAGGGGAUGCCCUCCAUGGUGGCACUCACCACCACCCUGCCCAGUUUCUCGGACCCUCCAGAUAGUUUCUAUCCCCCGCAGGAGAUCCCUGGACCGCGGUUAGGCGCGGACGGGACGGGGAUGAACCGGCAGGAGAGCCCGCAUGACGAGCUCAAGGGCUCCGAACUCCUCAAUUUCACGGAAACUUUUCAGGCGGUUGCAGGCGAAACCAAACUCUACAGUUCAGAUGACGAGAAACUGGACAUGAAAUCAGCGGAGGCCGCGUGCAGUGACAGGGAGGACAGCUCAGCCGACAGCGAGAACGAAAGCUUCUCCGACGGGAACACCUGCGCCUCAGCGUCCCAGAAAGGCAAACUGAAAGGCGGCUCACAGGACGCGUUACCGCCGGGCGGCUCGGCGGGAAAGAGCCGGAGGAGGCGGACUGCUUUCACUAGCGAACAGCUGCUGGAACUCGAGAAGGAGUUUCACUGUAAGAAGUAUCUGUCCCUCACCGAGCGCUCUCAGAUCGCGCACGCGCUCAAACUCAGCGAGGUCCAGGUCAAAAUCUGGUUCCAGAACCGCAGGGCCAAAUGGAAACGGAUCAAAGCCGGGAACGUCAACAACAGAUCCGGGGAGCCUGUCCGGAACCCCAAAAUCGUGGUGCCCAUUCCCGUGCACGUCAACAGGUUCGCGGUUCGGAGUCAGCACCAACAGAUCGAACCGGGCAGCAGGCCAUGAACUCCUAAUGAAAGUGACCCUGAACUCCUCAAACGAACAUUUACAUGACCCACAUUCCCACAGGUCAGGGGUCACACAGUACAGAUGCAUGAAGCACAGACCUUUCAGUAUCUAGAAGGAUAUUUGACUUUUAAGUAACACAAAUUAAAAACUCGAGGCCUAUACAAUGCUUAACGGAUCGUCAGUUUAUAUACAUCCAGUUCUGAAUAGCCUAUAUAUGAAUUAGAGUUUAUGAUAUUUGAAUGUAUAUUGACACAUGACCUGUUAAGCAUUAUAUUAUAGCCUAUAUUUGACUUUUAUAGGCUAUCUGUUCAAUAUCGACAUUACUUUCAGGUUUGUUCCUUUCCUUCUCUCCCCUAAAAUUUCUUUAUUUUUAAUUUAUUAUUUUGUACAUUUGUAAAUAUGAAAUGUGUCCGCGCGACACACAUGUGCACUAUACGAGACUGUAAAGAGACAUUUUUUAAAAAAAAUAAGUAUUUAUAAGUUGCUGUCUUGUGAAUUUUUGCAUGUGUUGCCAUUUGUUGUCUGAUUUCCCCGUAUGAUUUUAACGGGCCGUUCUCGUUGUUUCGACCAUUUUUGCAUGUGCUCUUAAAGCGUUUCUGUCCCUUAGAGGCGGAAUCUCCCCCAGUUCUUUGUGGAAGAAAAAAAAAAAAAAAAAAAAAACGGUGAUGGAAAUAAAUAAGCUCAAGAACACAAUGGAAGAGUGAUAUAUUCACAUCGACGUCACAAUAAAUAUGGUGCAAUAUGGUUGCAUAAAAUUGGGAGAAAAUGUAUUCAUUGUAUGCAUGUUUGUUCUUCUUAAAUACUGUUUCAGUGUUUGUCAUCUGUGCAAACGAAUUAAUUAAUUAUUGAUCAACUCAUUGAUAGAUAUUUUUAGCCUAAAACAUAAAGUGACUACUAGCAAUUAUUUAUUGGCAACUAUUUAAUA